GAGUCACAUGGUGACUAUUUCUUAAAGGUUUAUUCGUUUCAAAGGGUGGUUCUUGGUCUUAAAACACAUAAAACAUCAUGGUGAAGAGAAAAGAAACAAAUACACACAGGUUUAAAGGAUUUUUCGAGCGCAUUUCAGCUAUUAAAAUCGAUGUGACUCACAGAAUCCAAAGAAGCACUGAGACACCAGAGGAUGAAGACACGUUCUUUUGUGAAGCACUUGCCAAAUGGACGGAGCUGAAUUGCACUCUACACUUUCAAGAAUUUUCCUCAGAAGUCAGAAAAUAUGUUCAAAGUCUAGCCCAGCUUGUUCACCACAAGAACGAAGUCAUAGAGCGAUUAAAAACUAAUCUACAAGUGAAUGGAAGUCUCGCUUUGGAGCCCCUGUUGGAUCUGGUCGUUCAGCUGGCCAGAGACUUGCAAAGCGACUUCUAUCCUUACUUCAGUAGCUUCUUUAAUAUAUUUAUAUCACUACUGAACCGCUCUUGGCAAGAUACUCAUACUCUGGAGUGUAUAUUUGCAACUCUGAGCUAUCUUUUUAAGUUUCUCUGGAGAUAUAUGGUGAAAGACAUCCAACAUAUCUUCAGUUUGUACAGUCCGCUACUUAUGGGUGAACAAAAAUACUACAUCCAACAGUUUGCAGCUGAGAGUUUUUCAUUCCUCAUGAGGAAAAGCAAAGACUAUAGCAAACUCUUUGACAUAAUUUUCAGCACACUUGAAGCACAGCCAGACUUGUGUCAGGGUCUUGGAUUCUUGUGUUUUGAAAUGAUAAAAGGAGUCAAAAAGCAGUUUCACUCGGCCACAGAUUCUGUUUUACCUGUCUUGUUUUCAAAAACUGGAGCCUUUCAAAGCAAGUCAGUAGCUGCUAGUUUGAAAUGGGAAAUGGUUUACCAGUCACUUGUGCACAUGCUCAACAGUAUGGCAAAAUACACAGUCAUGGAACAUUGCUCAGUGGUGGAAAAAACUUUGGUUAUGGAAUUGGAGAGGUUAUGGAGCAUUUGGAAUAAAAAACAGCAUGACUUUGAUCAAGCAGGUUCUCUGCAGAGUCAGAUAGGUUUCACUGUACAGCUGACUAAUGUUUGGGUUUCCUACAAGUCUGGUAGCUUGAUUUCAGACCCAAUAAAGAUAUGUGAUGUUGUUCAGGUGAUGAUUGUCCAGGAUUUUGUGUCAGAUGACAUUGCCUCUUCCUUGUUUGAACUUAUAUCAACACUCCUGCAAACAUCCUCCACAGAACUCUCCAGGGAGAGACACCAGAAACAAUUGACUUUGAAAGUAUUUAAGGCAAUAGAAAGUCAAGAGCAGUUGUUUAUGUUUUGUAGACAUUUGUUAAAGUGGGAACAUUUCCAGAGAGAUGCCUUACCUUCUUUGUUGAACUUUUGCCAAGAAGAGCUGCUCAAAGGUUCAUCUAAAAUUCAAGAUAUUAUUCUUAUUCUGACAGAAGUCAUCUUUCAAACUGCAUCUGCAGAUAGCAGUGGACUUGAUUUGGCACGCUUGAAAGGGUUGCUUUUUUUCCCAAAAUGUGGCACCAGGCAAGGUGCAAAGAUUUUAAAAGUGUUCCUUGAUGCUGUAACAAUUGAAAACAAAGUUGUCUUGGAUAAAAGCAAGCUUUCCCUAACAUGGAGUUCUCUUGUAUGCAUUCCUUGUAUAAGUCCUUUAGAUGUUCCUCGGUGUUGUGACGAGCUCUUGCGUUUUAUUGGCGUCUUCAGUGAACACCUGCUGGCAAAUACAAGUGCUGGGGGCAAUGCCCAGUGCUUGAGUGUUUUAGGUCAGGCAAUUCAGUCUUACAUUUUAAUUGUGGCUGAUGCAGAGGACAUUGGCAAGAAUUUGGACUUCAAGUUCAUAGUAUCACUACUCAGAUCCUGGCCAGACAAUGUCCACAUUCUUCAAGCUUGUCAUAAACUUACGGCAGCCUCGAGGAAGCACGGCAUGGGAGGUGUCCUUGUUGAGGAAAACCUUCAGCAGAUAUUUCCCUACCUCCGUCUCAAUUUAUGUUCUUCAAGUCACUUUGUGCGUCUUCUCACUCUUAAAAUUUUGGCAAGUUUUGAGCAGCUUGGAAGGAGUUCAUCAAACAACAAGCCCCCUGACUCCUUAAGGCCCUCGUUGUUUCAAACGUGUCUCGCCUCUGAGGAACUUCCAACACGUUUAGAGUCGUACAGAGACAAGCUGGUGUGUCUACAGAAAAUCCGCUUCUCUUCAGCGUUUUACGACGACCUGGCGGAUCUCUACAGAGAUGCUGCUGUGCUUUACUUGUGCGGAAUGCUUUGUGUGAACUUCAGUCCCCUUUGGGAUCCAGUGAUUGAUAUUGUUGCAAGUUUUGCUCAAGGCUCGAAUGUCAAGAACUUUUGGAGGAUAUUCAGUGAGCUACUCAACACAACUUCUGACAGAACAGAAAAGAAACUCGGAGAAGAAAUGGAUACGAGCAACAGCGAACAACCAGAAAUGGAGAAUAGUGAACAAGACGAUUGUAAUUCGAAGAAGUGCCUUGAUGAAAUAUUUGAGAAGCACAAUAAGGCUUCACUGGGUUCACGAGAUGAGACCAGAGAAGAUCCUGUUAACUUCCGUCAUCUGCUGUGGAAAGCGAUGGCUUCUUUUCCCGAAGUCGCCGAGCAGAAAUCACGUGAUGUGGUACCGCUGUUUAUUCGAUUUGUGAGCAACGAAUACUUUGUGGCAAUGGAAAACGUUGCUCCCUCGCAAGACAUCCGAGUCAAACAGCUUUCUGAACCACAAGGAUCCCUGGCAGAGGUCGAUCAGUCAGACUCCAUGGAGACGGAAGUGGAUCACAUCAAUUCCAAACCACAAGAGAAUUUGCACAAGAAGAGACAUAAGGCGGCCACAAAGUCUCUUUGUACUCAUCUGAGCCUCUUUGCAGCUUUCAAGAACCCGAAAGCUCUCUCUAAAGAACCCCAGUUAAGGGAGUUAUACUUGAGAUUCUUAACUCAUAGAGAGGCUGAAGUACAAAAGCUUGCAGUACAGUGCCUGUGGACUUACAAGUUUGAUUAUCUAGAGCCGUACAAAGAGGCUAUUGAGCGCUUGUUAGGCGAUGAGAACUUUCGAGAUGAGAUGGCACACUUUUCAGUUGACGAGGAUAGCGGCAUUGUGACGAUGAGUCAUCGAGAUGGACUAAUGCCAGUGCUCAUAAGGCUCUUGUACGGCAAGAUGCAAAGACUGACCGGUACAGGAAGUGGAGGACGAGCAGGCGUGGGAGUGAGGCGAGCUGUCGUGUUGAGGUUCCUGGCCUCUUGUCCUCAGAAAGAGAUACAAAUUUUCAUGGACCUGAUUUUUGCGCCAUUUAAACACCUUUGUAGAGAUGAUGCAAGUGCGAUUGUUACCGUGGCAACAGACCUCUCCCGUGUUGUCCCUCUAAAGAAACAGCAAGGAUUUCUGGGAAUGGUGUCGCAAAUCCUGGAUAAGCUGGGCAACCUGGCGAGGUCGUUUCUUCCUUCCAUUCUGCAAAUUAUUCUGUCUUUGCUCUCGACAUGCGUAUUUGCUCUGGAACAUCGGGAAAAGGUGCAACCAUCACUGAUCUCGCAGCUGAAAACAAUCCGACAGAUGGCUAUCAUGCGCUUGACGGAAUUUUUUGAGUCCAUGGCGGAUUAUGACUUCAAACCUAUUUGCGACGCCUUGUUCUCGUCUGCCGUAUGGCCUCAGAUAGAGAAAUUAAAUCAAGAGAGCAUCCAACACCCAACUCCAUUGCUCAAGCUCCUGUUCGCUUGGUCAAAGAAUUAUCGUUUGUUUCCCUUGCUGUCAAGAAAACCAGUCGAGAAGCCCAACCUGUCCAUCAUGUCAUGUGUGUUCGAGUGUCUUCGCGUUCCGUCAAUAUCAUCGGAAGUAGUUGCCAUGGUAAUGGAAAUGGCGGACAAUCUUCUUGAUGCAAGUCAAUUAGAGGCGGAUGAUGAAGAAAAUGAUUUGAUGGAUUGUGGCUCUGAACAGGGAAUAUUUUCGAGCUACGAGUUUCACGAAAGUAGACCAAGUUACGGAACAUUGUUGGUUCUCCCGCAUCUCUCACAGCUCUUGGAAUAUCUGAGUCGAUCCGUACAAAAAGCCAUCGACAGUUCUAAAGGAAAGAACAGAGGAAAAGAUAUGCUUCCCCAACGAGAACUUUCAGUGUUGUCUAAACUAAGUCCUUUUGUGAAAGACGCCAAUGAAUCUUCUACUCUUGUAGAGGUGCUGCUACCAUUCAUGAGCAGUUAUCAAAAAGAAGAGACAGCAAACAAUAUUUUAAAAACUGUUAAAAGCCUUCUGGUGAACGUCGAAACUCCCAGAAACUUUGUUUCGUCUUUAUCGAAGCUUUUCUCGCAGAUAAUCGUUCGUAGUACAAGGCAAUGUCUAUGUGACGUGUUCCUUGAGGUGGGGAAUAUCGAUUCAACUUUCUCUUCCGAGAUUUGCGAUGUUCUUGCUGAUUUGAAUUCCUGGAAUCCUCAGCGCAUUGAAGAACCUGAUUAUGAUAGAAGACUCACCGGCUUUGCAAAUGCUAAGCGUUUGAUUGGACAAGAUGCCCUUAAAACCGAGGAGAUUCUACCAAUACUACACAACUGCAUUUAUUUUGUUUUAAACAGCGAUGAUAUGUCAAUUCGAGACAGUGCUGGCAGCUGCAUGAGCUGUGUCGUGCACAAUAUUGUCCAGCGAAGUGGAGUCAACGAUGAGCGAUUUCAUGUUCUUAUCAUCAAGUGUUUGUUACCGGCUCUCAAGAGGGUUCUUGCUUCAAAGAAAGAGCUUGCCAGAAACGAAUUUCUAGGUGUGCUCUCAACUAUGGUCCGCCAAUUUGAACACGAUUCUCUCUCAGACCUCAAGGUUCUCUUGGACGAUGAUCCCGAGAAAGAUUUUUUUGAAAACAUCAAACAUAUUCAGCUUCAUCGUCGUAUACGUGCUCUGCGUCGCCUACAGGCACAUUGUCAGCAGCGCAGCCUCAGAACCACAACCCUUACAGCUUUCUUGUUGCCAUUAGUAACACACUGUGUUUUUGAUCACACCGCUGCGAGGGAACAUAAUCUUGUGACUGAGGCUGUCACCACUAUUGGAACAAUAUCGGCCAGUUUACCUUGGUCCAAGUAUUGCAGCCUUCUAAGACACUAUCUGAAACUGUUACCAGUUGAAAAAACUUUCCAGAAAGUGAUCGUCAGGAUUGUGGUGAUCAUUCUGAACAACUUUCACUUUGACCUCAGCGGUGUUCCCAAACAGUUGGAGACAGAACUUUCGAGAGAAAGCAGCAAAGACACCGAAAGAUUAAAAACAAAUCUCGCAGGUGAAAAAAAUGGACCUGAUGGAAAGAAAGAAGCUGAUGAUGCAGAUAAUGCUGUCAAUGAUGAUGACAAUGAUAAAGAAGGGGAAGACGAUGAUGUCGGUGAAGCAGGAGACACUGGAAAGGACGAUACACCAGAUCUUAACAAAGAAGAACUUGCUUUGCGUAUCUACAACACAAUUACCUCCAGUAUUUUACCUCAAUUGCAAAAAUGUGUGACUAAGAAGAACAAGUCGGCUCAUUUUCACCGAUUGAGUCGUCAGAAGGCCGAAGAUGAAGAGGAUAUAUUACGUGUUCCUGUCAUUCUCGCCAUUGUUAAACUGCUUCAAUCCUUACCUGAGCAUGCGCUUCACUUACAUCUACCCGGUCUUCUUCUCCGUGUUUGUCACACACUGAGGAGCAGAGCACGGGAGGUCCGUGAUGCAGCGCGGGAUACGCUCGCAAAGAUCACUAUUUCUCUUGGAACCCAGUACUUCCCUUUCGUACUAAAGGAGCUCAGGAGUUCACUAACAAGAGGAUACCAGCUUCACGUGCUCGGUUUCACCAUUCAUACAUUACUGGACAAAAUGAGCGACAAUUUGGCCGCAGGGGAACUGGAUGCGUGUCUUCAAGGAUUAGUAGAGGUGCUAGUUGAGGAUUUAUUCGGAGAAGUUGCUAAAGAGCGUGAGGUGGAAAAGAUUGUCAACAAGCUUCAUGAAGCAAAAACAUGCAAAAGCUUUGACACAUUCGAAGUUCUUGCAAAAUUUGCCGGAACGCGGUCACUGACUCUUCUGAUAUCCCCCUUGAAGGAGGUUCUUGACUCCACUCAAAUUCACAAAACUGCUCGUCGAGUAGAAGAAGUCCUCCGAAGAAUUAGUGUUGGACUACAAGCGAACGCAAGCAUCACUCCGCCGAUACUGCUUGUGUUUAUCCACGGAAUAACUGGUGAAAAUGUGCGGAUGCUGAAAAUGAAGCAAGAGGAAAAGAAAGCAAUUUCGACUCCAGCCGAUCCCAGGCUCCAAUCGAGUAGCUCGUUGUUGCUUCCACCCAACCCUGUACGAGGAGGUAAUGUCCCUCAGAACAACAACAAGACAAAUCAUCACAUUCUAGUGGAGUUUGGUCUUCAGUUGCUGUAUAUGCUGCUUAAACACGGAAAACUCUCGCCUUCAGACCAGGAACAUCAACGAAUGUUGGAUCCUUUCGUGGUGCUUCUUACAGACUGCCUCAAAUCCAAAUACAACAAGGUUGUGACGAUCUCUCUCCGUUGUGUCAGCUGGCUCGUUAAGUUUCCACUUCCGUCGUUGAACAAGCAUGUCCCCACAAUGGGAAAACUCCUCUUCAACAUACUGAAAAACUAUGCAAAAGCCGGUGCAAAAGUUGGAGAGAACUUUGAAAUGCUCAUCUCGGCCUUUAAGGCCAUGACCGUUGUCAUAAGGGACUUCAAGCAAUUCACAGUCGCUGAGAAACACCUGCAGGUGUUGCUGGGAUUUGUGGAGGAAGACAUUCAUGAUCACACCAAACAAGGAACAGCUUUUCCUCUUCUGAAGGCAAUUCUCUCUAGAAAACUCAUUGUUCCUGAAAUCCACGAUGUCAUGUGGAAAGUUGGGCAGCUGUCAAUCACAGGUAGUUCACCAUCCGUUCAGCUCCAGUCAAGACAGGUUAUGCUACAGUUUCUCCUUGAUUACCCACUAGGUACCAAACUACAAAGAUAUCUAGAGUUUUAUGUUUCUCAGCUGAGCUAUGAAUACGAAACUGGUCGGGAAUCGGCGCUGGAGAUGUUGGAAUCUAUGUUUUCUUCUUUUCCAAAGUCAAUGUUGUUUGACUACGCUGGUUUUUUCUUUGUACCGCUGUCCUCCCGCCUGGUAAACGAUGACUCAGCCAGUUGCCGUAAGCUGACUGCACUUGUUAUUAAGUCACUUCUUGGGAAGCUUGACGCCGAUGAGCGACAGAAGCUGUUUUCCAUCGUUCUUUUAUGGUUCAAGGAUAAAAAGAUCGCUUUACACCGCCUUGCUACUCAAGUUAGUGGUCUCUUCGUUGAGGUUGAAGAAAAGGGCUUCGAGAAAAGACUUGGGUCUUUAUUACCACUUGUACGCUCUCUUAUAGUUCCAGAUCAGUUUGAAAAGGAGAGGUGUGCUGAGGAAGGUGGUGAACUUGACAUUUCUGAGGGUCUCCACCGGGUAAAGGAUCACCUCCUUUUUAAUGCUCUCUCGUUUUUGACAAAGAUUAUUCAACAUUGUCAAGUUAUUAAAAAUCCAAGCCGACAACAGGAAAUGGCGCAAAUCUGGGAAUCUGUUGAAGCGCAUUUGCUGCAUCCGCACUCCUGGGUCCGACUGGUGUCCAGUCGAUUAUUUGGUCUUCUAUUCGCUGCGUGGAAACCCGAGGACCUGGUGACUGGUUAUCAGAGGGGAAGUUCAUUAAACUCUUAUCUAACAAAGGAUCUACCUGGAAAGGUAUCCAAGCUUUGCGAUGACUUCUGCACUCAACUUCAUUCUCCGCUCUUGGAAAACGAGUUGGGAGAGCAGAUCGUCAAAAACUUGGUAUUCCUGGCCAAAACACUGCAACUCUUAGAGCUUCAAAACGAGGGGGGAGGUAAACAUGGACAAGAAAACGAAGAAUGCAUCAGCGCGGGUGAUGGAACCACUUUCUCACUGGCAAUCCUUCUAAGCGACAUGAACAAGCUAGCGACUCAAGAGGCCUCUCAAACCCCCAAACAGACUCAAAAGAGAUCCUGUGUGUUGAGAUGGCUCGCUGCAGUGUCUAUUAAUUUGGGAAAAGAUGCCAUUGAACCACAUCUAGUGGAUAUCUUAAGCCCAGUUUACAGAGAGUUGGAAUUAGCCACUAGUUAUAAAGAUUCCGAUUUGGUGAAACUUGCCCAGGAAGUGCUGGAACUUAUCAAAAGUCUUGUCGAACGGGAGACAUUCUCGUGGGCCUACGCCAGUCUCCAGCAAACCGCGACCGAAGCGCGGGAAACGAGAAAGAGAAAGACUGCGCUAGAGGCAGUGGCAGAUCCAGCAAAGAGUGCUCGUAGAAAGCUUAAGAAGAAUUUGGCGAAGAAGGUGACAAGGAAGAGGAAAAUUGAUGCGCGCAAGCCGGAAAGAAAGAUAAAAGCGCCCCGAAUGCAGGAACUUUGACUCAUACAAACACAGCAUUAUUUUUUACCUUGUGCGGGCCUAUGUGCUGCCCGCUCCUUGCCAAUUACCAAAACAAAAUCAUUUUAAAUUUGACGAAAACAUUUCAUGUCAUGGUUUUGCAGUCAAGUGUUUGAGAAGUUACUUAAGCUCUGUUGUCACCUAAAAUGAAUUAAAGCGAACGCCUGACUGCAGGUUGUCAGUUUGCUGGAAGAAAAUCUCAUUAGUUCGCUGCAGCUGAAAUUUAGCACUAUCUUUUUUUACUUGAAUUAAUUUCGUUUUCGCCAAUUUUACAUUGAUACGUAUGGUGCUGUGAUUCAUAUUUUAUUGCGUUAACAUUUAUCUUCCGGAGACGUCAGAAUUCUUGCGUUUUUAUUUUUCGCGGUCUUGUAAUUCAACAACUGAACGCAAAACGAAACAGUCAAUGUCUUCGUUUGUCAGUUGUUUUCUUACAGUAUCAAUAAAUUUUGCCAGACAUACAGGCGCGUAAUAAAAAUGAAAAAAAAAUUCGCUGUUAGUAAAUGAACUACAAUUUGGCGAAUUGCCGAAUUGUCUAAUUUUAAAGCAUGGCGAACCUAAAUCAGCAAUAAUAAAAAAUUUUUAGAGCGCUUGAAACUAUGCGCAUAAUCAAUGUGUGCAAGAGCUUCGUCUAAUUAUUAAUUCUAUGACUAUCAUUAUCAUUUUACUUUUGAAAUUAUUUUCGUUACAUUUCUCUAUUUUUUGUGGUUUCAUAAAGUGUCUGAAUAGUGCACCUGAUUUCAGUGGAUUACAGUGCCCAGCUUUUUGUCAGUGAUUGCUUAUUUCACCUUGCUACAGUUUUGUAUCGAAGCUUUGUCUCCGCCUGAAUCUUUUCUUGAUCCUAGUGCAACCCUGGAAAAUCCUUUUAACAAAAUAUUUCCACACUUGUCUGUACUUCUGAAGUCGCCAACAGAACAUAAACGGAUUCAUAACAGAGUUCAAGUAAGUAAAUGUCACCUCUAGUACAGUCGCCGCGAGUAGCACUUUUGGACGAGAGUAACAAGGAAUGCAGAAAUACACCAGGCUUUUAAACACAAAAAAUGGAGUUAUAAGGAACAGCGAUGCAGCGAUUACAAUCGCCAAUCUUUUCGCAAGAUGCAUUUCUUUAUCGGUGAAAUUGCUACAACUGACUCGUACGCUGUUGCCCAUGAUUCUCCGUUUCCACAGUUUGUAGUAUUUACGAAGUCGAUACAGAAUAAAA